AAUUCAUUUGGAAUGAAUGUUCUGGGGUUCCUGAGAACCGAGCCACGAAAGCACUCACCCUCGACCCUCUUGUGCUGGAAUCCCCUCACAAGUUCUUCUUGCGUAUGAAGCAGAAAUUGCAUCAGCAGCAAAAAGAUCUGACUCCUUCAAACCCAAUCAAGCAGAACAUUCCCCCUUCCACAACGACAGAGAAGCCGUUAGUCAGAUCUGCUUUUGCUGAGCUGCUCAGGAAUGACCAUGCAGAGUGUGUGGCCACUGAUGAGGACGAUCUGGAUAAUUUCCUUAUAGAAUCAAUGGAUGCUGAUGAUGAAAUGUCUCAAAACACAAUGACUGGGUCUGCGAAUGUGAACUCCCCCCUUUCUCAAAAUGGGGAUCAGUUUGGAGAAAGGUGGGGAAAUGGGGAAGCAAAACGUACUGAACUUCAGCAGGAAGCAGGACAGGAGGAGUUGCAGCCAAGGAAUAAGCAAGUUGCUCAUGGAGUAGAAAAGAUACUGGAGACUAAUUCUGAAAAGCCCUCACAGUGCUUGUGUAGCAUUAUGCUCUCUUCUCCCAAAAUCCACAUCCCAAGGAAGCCAAAGCCAAAGGAAGGCUGUCAGCUCCCUUUGGAUACACAUCAUACGGACCAAGCUGCUGGCAAAGCAGACAAAGAGAAAAAUGUCUGCCUGACCAGCUGGAGAAUUAAAGUGAUGGAUGGUAACACUGCAAUCUAUAUUGAGGGGAAACGGAAUGAUAAGAAGGGUCAUUACUGGUGUAGUAAUGCGAUUACGGAGCGCAUAGCACACAACCAAGUUAAAACUUCAUCUGGCAGUAUCUACUCGCUGCAGGGAAAUAUAGAUUCAGCUUGGAUGAGGAAAGAAGGAUUUCCCUACCGUUUCAUCAAAAGAUUCACAUAUGGGUUUUCCAAAAAGUGGAAGGAAUAUGUUGAGGAGUUUCUUGAGGAAAGAAGGAGGAAAGAACAAAAACAAAAUACUAGUGAGGAUGAAAACGAAGACAGCGACGCAGUGGUGGGUACAGAAGUUUUGAGAAAUGCAGAAGACUCAGCAAGAAACGUGAAGAAACCUGAAACCAGAAACACCACCUAUGAAGUGUCACCGAAGAACGAUGAGAACACUUUUACAACACCAAAAAGCAACCCCGUGUCGAAAGGCUCGGACAGAGUUUACACUCGCAGCGGUCGCCUCGUUAAACCACCAUUAAGUUUCUGGUGUGGGCAACGUGAGUUUGUUGAUCAGGAUCUAAACGUGACUAUAGAAGAGGGUGGAGUGGAUUAUUUGAGCAUGAUGUUUAGUAGUGAAAAAUCCCAAAGAAAGACCAAUUCCAACUCUAAGAAGAAUAAAAGAAAGGAAGUACUGAAGACAACAAAAGAAACACCAAAAAGCCCAAGUAAAGGGAAAAACGAUGAAAAAGAAGGACGUUCCAAAAGGAACACCAAGCCUGUUGGGAGCAAGGAGGCCAGGCAGUUUGUUUCAGAUGAUGAUGAAAGCCAUCGUGCAAUCGAUAGGACACAAAAUAAAACGCAGGUUUCUGUUAAACAGAAUCCCUUAAAUACCAAAAUACCAAACAAACAUAACAGCAGAAUCCCAGGAACAGCAAAGGAAAAGAGAGACAACGAACACGGAGAAUUGCCUGCGUAUCCGAACGCUCACAGGUACUCUCUGAGGUCAGACAGACAGCUGCAUUUAACAGAAGAACUGUCGAGCAAAGAUGAGGAAGAGGAGUCCAGUGAAGAUAUCCCACUGUCUAUCAAAAGGAAAAAUAAAUCCUUCUUAAAAGAAGUGACUCAAAACUCCAGACCUUCCCCUCACUGUAAAAGUUCCCAGGAUGAUGCCAACAAGGCGUCACGUGAGCAAAGGACAGUAAGACACUCUGCUGCCUCCCAUGAGGCGCCGUCGAGGCAAAGUGUGCCCAAAUCCACGGGUGGUUCUGAGGUACUUGAAGGAAAAACACUGUCUAGUGAGUCUAGAACUUCCCAGCUGCCCGACAGGACAUUGAGGACAAGAAGCAGAAUCAAGCCCCCAAAGUAUAUCUUUGAAUCUGACUCUGAGCCUGAAAGCGAUGAAGAGGAAAUUCAAGUAAAAGAAAAGAAUUCAGAAAUACCUGAGAAAACCCAAAAUGGCAAAGUCUCUAAUACUGCCAAGUCUUCAGCAGCAAAGUCAAGAGAACCUGAGAGGCCAAAGGUGCAGAAAUCUCUAGAACUUUUUCCCAGGGCAGCUGAUGGUUGGUCUGAGAAGGAACUGCAGAAGCUCUCCAGGGCCGUUGCUUCGUUUCCAAAACACAAGAGUGGCUUCUGGGUGGAGGUGGCCAUGGCCGUGGGGUCUCGCUCUGCUGAAGAAUGCCAUCAGAAAUAUGUCGAAGAACAACAGGCAAAAGGUUCCAAAACACACGCCAAGAAGAACACCGCUUCAGGAAAACCCGAGCAGAAAG